AGAAAGAAGAACUAAUCCAGACGGUGCUGACCCAGGUUGCAGAGCAGUUCUCAAGAGCAUUUAAAGUCAACGAACUGAAGGCCGAAGUGGCCAGUCACCUGGCAGUGCUGGAGAAGCGCGUGGAGUUGGAAGGACUAAAAGUGGUGGAGAUUGAGAAAUGCAAGAGUGACAUUAAAAAGAUGAGAGAGGAGCUGGCGGCCAGAAGCAACAGGACCAGCUGUCCCUGUAAGUAUAGCUUUUUGGAUAACAACAAGAAGUUGACUCCUCGACGGGAUGUCCCCGCUUAUCCCAAGUACCUUCUCUCGCCGGAGACCAUAGAGGCCCUGCGCAAGCCAACCUUCGACGUGUGGCUUUGGGAGCCCAACGAGGGGAUGAUCACGUUAAUUCUGGCCACCGACAUGGCAAGGCACGCAGAGAUUGUGGAUUCUUUCAAAGAAAAAAUGGAGAAUUUUGACUACAGCAACGAGGAGCACAUGACCCUUGCCCCCAUACACCUCUGCGUUGCUGCCCCCGAGUGCGGGCGCCUGAGUCUCCCUUCCUCUUCCCCAUCCAGGUACCAGAUCAAUGCCCGCACGGAGCUGGCCAUCCGCUAUAACGACAUCUCGCCCCUGGAGAACCACCAUUGCGCCGUGGCCUUCCAGAUCCUCGCCCAGCCCGAGUGCAACAUCCUCUCCAACGUGCAGCCAGACGGCUUCAAGCAGAUCAGACAGGUGUGCGGGCUGAGGAUGCUGAGCUGCCUGGAGCACAUGUACCAUGACCUUGGCCUGGUCAGGGACUUUGGCAUGAACCCCAUCACACUCAAGCGGUGGCUGCUGAAGAUGAUUUUGAUAAAAUGCUGUGAUAUCUCUAACGAGGUGCGUCCGAUGGAAGUCGCAGAGCCUUGGGUAGACUGCUUAUUAGAAGAAUAUUUUAUGCAGAGCGACCGGGAGAAGUCGGAAGGCCUCCCCGUGGCCCCUUUCAUGGACAGGGACAAAGUGACCAAAGCCACAGCCCAAAUUGGGUUCAUCAAGUUUGUCCUGAUCCCCAUGUUUGAAACGGUGACCAAGCUCUUCCCUGCGGUCGAGGAGCUCAUGCUGCAGCCCCUUUGGAAAUCCAGGGACCGUUAUGAGGAGCUGAAGCAAAUAGACGACACCAUGAAAGAGAAGAAGACGGAGGGCCUGACAUGUGGGAGCUCCGACAAGCCGAGGGAGAAAAGCAGAGAGGUGAAAAACAGUGAAGCCCCAACAGAAACAAACCAGCCGUCGCUUUCCGUCCCCAGCAGACCGAGCCUGAAGGGCGCGGGAGCGUCCGCGAGUGUUCACGCCCCGGCUGCCGGACGUUGUGAGAGCCAUGCAGGGAAGAGCUGACCCCGAGCGCCUGGCACCGCACGACCACGUUUUCUAAGAACUGUUUUGUUCACCGAUACAAAACAAAAAAGAAUUCAUGAUGCUGUACAGAAUUUUUAUUUUUAAACUGCCUUUUAAAUAAUAUAUUCUUAUACAGAAAUGGGUACUGUACUUUUUCUUUGGUGGACUUGUGCAUCUGAUAAACCACAGACGUCCUCCUUCCGUCCUCACGUGGAGACAAGGACACCAUGCUUUUCCACAGAUGGACCCCAGGGCCCCUCCCAGUGUGACGUGAUACGUGCAUCCGUGUAAAUUCCACAUUAAAUGUCAGACCGGUGCCCGGGGCUCAAGGA